CGCUUUCCCUUCCCCUGCUCACUGAGCCCUAAAUCCAGUGUUUGACCUGAUCAGAAUCCCGCUGUGGGCUCUCAUAAUGUCCACCUAUGGCUAUGAGAACUGUGUCUCCGGGACAUUCUACGGUUUCACGAAAACCGAAUUUAACCCUGGAGACACACUCAACCUGCAGUGGGGAGCGAUCGACGACGGGGAAACUCCGCUGAAUAUCACCCUAGGGCGGGCUGGAGGAUACAUCGUUGACCCGAUCAUUGUUGGCGCCCAGUUCACCGAAACGAGUGCUCUCUAUCAACUUGUCGUCAACGAAACUGCGAACUGUACACUGGAAGAGUACAGCUGGGCAAUUCCGCAAGACUUCAAUACGACCAAUCCAGAGUAUCAGAUCGGGCUUUUCAACGCAUCUGUUCUUCUUGGUGCGGAUGGGAAUGCUUUGUUUGGCUGGCAAGCCUGGAGUCCAGACUUUUAUGUCCGUCCUGCGAGUACUACUUCGACAGCAGAUGCGACCAGCACGGCAACCAGCACGGCAACAGGUACUGCGACAGGCACGGCAAGUGAAACGUCGACCACCUCCUUGUCAUCUACUUCCACCACCGCAUCAGCAUCAUCUUCUUUGGAACCCGAAAGUCAAACAUCGCAUAUAAACACUGUUGGUAUUGGCGUUGGAGUCGGAGUCGGAGUCGCAGCUCUAGCAGGCAUUCUCCUAGGCGCAUACUAUCUCUCACGGCGACGUAGAAAGGCUCAGAUCCCACCACAGCCUUUCGUUCCUGUCCAGCAACGUCCUCUAGUGGAGCUACCGGCCACAGAGAAGCGGCCACCUGCGUAUGAGCUGCAGGGGUGAUCCAGGCAUCAGUUGGGAUACGGUCGAGAGAAUAAUGUUGGAGCGAGAUGCGAGUCGUGAUUGAGAGUCUUAUUACUGAUGACAUAAGUAUGUGUAAGCUGGAGGGACACAUUGAAGGGAGCCUGUAAAGUAUAUAUGAUACCCAGUCAUUAUUUGUUUGAUAUUUGAAGGAUG